CUAGUGUGCGUUAGCGAGCCCUUUUCGACACGACUCGGACGUUGAUUAUCGAUUUAAAGAGUCUGCUUAUAGUUUCUUUAUAUCGAUUGAUAUCCGAAAUCCUGGAAAUCCUUGCUGACGGACGGUAACGAAAGUGUGUAUCUUUUUCUCGCAGCGCCGUUUUUCUCAACCAACAAAUCCAAAAUUGUGUGGCCAAUGAGCGAAUCCAGUGUGCGCCAGCGGAAGAAAACCGGUUCCAGUGAUGGGAAACCCCGGAAAGCGAAAAACCUCCAGCAAAGCCUUCCGGGAGCGACCCAGCAGAAUCGAAUGUGGGCCCGUCUGGUGUUGAUCGUCGGAAUCGCUGUGGUGGUUUACUUCACAACGUUUCGAACCAGGGAGAAGAAAUUCGCCACGCAACGAGAAACGCUUGAAUUGCGCACCCAAAAAUUGGACUGCUCCAAGUUGUACUUUGAGGAAAUCGCCAAAUACGCGGGUUGCAUUCCGGCCAACUGUGGCCGGUUUGUCAGCGAUAAGGUGGUCGGUCCAGCGGAGGUCGAUGUGUUGCUGAAUCUAGCGAAAUCCGGCUUCCGGUUCGGUCAUUCUUCUGGGGGAGCGUCGAUACUGGAUCUUCACUCGGGUGCCCUUUCGAAGGAUACUCAGUUUAUUAACAUUUACAAAAUUCCGGAAGCGAAGGAAAUCUUUUCCGCGGAACAUAUUAACACAUAUAAGCACGUGAAGGACAAAAUCCAGCAAGCGGUCAGCGAAAAUUUCAAAAUUAACAAGGACGCGCUGUUCCUGACUCAUCCAACGUUCUUCUCGCGAUUGACCAACGAAACGGCCAAAACCAUCCACGACGAGUACUGGCAUCCGCACGUGGACAAAGAAACGUACAAUUCCUUCCACUACACCACCCUGUUGUACUUGACCGAUUUCGGAAAGGAUUUCACCGGUGGACGAUUCGUGUUCAUCGAUAGUGCCGGUAAGCAUAACAAGACCAACGUGUAUAUCGAGCCGAAACGCGGCAGGGUCAGUGGGUUUACGUCCGGUGCUGAGAACCUGCACCAUGUCGAACAGGUAAGCGCCGGGGUACGAUAUGCCAUAACGAUUUCCUUCACCUGCAACAAGGAACAUGCCAUGGGGGAUCCCAAGUUUUCGCUAGACGAAGAUGAUGGACCGGAAUUGAUGUGAGGAAACAGGGCGUGAUUAGUCCUCGAACUGUUUUAAUUUGCAUUUUAAUCGGUUAGCUUGUAUCAUUGGACACCUCAUGCACUCCAGGAUAACCAACAAUUCACCUAACUAUUAGCUCUAGAAGAUUAUGUAUUACUUAACCGUACAAUUCUUACUGUCGCCAUUCUUUAGUCGGUUUGAUUUCAUGCUUGUCUAUAAUUGCAGGUAUUAUGUUUAAAUACUAGUUACCAAAAAAAUAGUUGAAUUCGAUUCAGCAAUACCUACACCAAAGUAUUGUUUGGCAGCAAUAUAAUUCAACUUCAUUAUAUUACACUGAUCAACGCAAAAAAUAAUGUAACAUUCCUGUUAUAUAAGUUGGUUGACCUGACCUCUGUAUUUUAUGGCAUCUGAAUUUCGGUUGCUCAACUAGACUAUUAUUUCAGUCAGUAUUGUUUUCUAGAUUCAUAAUGAUUGUCGUUUAUAUGAAACACUUCAUGAUAAGUAGAAGAAUUUUUAUUUGAGAAAUUCUGCAUAAAUACAUAACAAGUAGUGAAACUA